GCCAAGCAACGGCAGAGACUCACCGCGCCGUUAUCCCUGCACCACCCUCCCCCCCGGGCUCUGAUGUGAUCGCAAUGCGCGGGGGAUGCAUCGGUGUGUCUCAUGGACACUUUCGCACUAUGCCGAGCGAGGUGACUCUCCCUUCCGCCCCACGCCAGCACCGCCUCCACCACCUUUGCGCUUGGCCCCGCGAGUCGCGAGCUCCCCCGGUGGGGGGGAGGGGAGGCCUGCGCACACCCGAGCAACGGGUGAUGUGUGGCGCGCUUGUUCACAACGAGUAACGCAUUCAGACGAGUCUCGUAAGAGUUCGCUGCCAUGCGAUUUCAGAGGCAUAAAAAGAAAAAGCCCCACAGAUGAGACCAUGUACAGCCCGGCCAUGAUCGCACUGGAGAGGAUCCCGGACAAGUCGACAUCGAUGAUGCCCAUGGUGGCGGACGAGAGCCACAACGGGCGGCCGAGCCACUGGGCCGACGCGGCCACGACGCGGCCGAGGACCCGCGAGCGGCACAUCGCCGUGCACCGCCGCCUCGUCAUGGUGUUCGCCAUCUCGCUCGUCGCGCUCAUCGUGGUCACCAUUCUGGCCGUGCUGCUCAGCGUCAACCUCGAGGCCUGUCCCUCGCCUUCGUCGCCGCCGGACGAGGCCCAGCAGCCGGCGACCGCCCGGCAGCGGCAGCAGCGGGCGGAGGCGGUCCCCUCUCCGACGACGGCUACGCCGGCCGCGGAAAACCAGCCCUGGGAGAGCGCGCGGCUCCCCGGCACGCUGGCUCCUCGGCACUACGACCUGCGCCUCUCCACGUUCAUGGACAACUUCACCUACGCGGGUCAGGUGGGCGUCGUGCUCGAGUGCCUGCGGAGCACCCCGUACGUCAUCCUGCACUGCGACAGGCUCAACAUCAGCAGGAUCGCGCUGAGCCCCGUGAACGUGAGCCGGCACAGCAGCACCAAGAUCCAGGACUACUUCCUCUACCCCAAGCACCAGUUCUUCGUUAUUCUGCUCAACAAGAGCUUCAGUGCGGGGGACGUGGUCUUCCUCAACAUCACCUUCCAAGGGAUCAUAGCCGACGAAUUGCUGGGCUUUUUCAGGAGUUCGUACUCGACGCAAGGGACACGGAGGUACCUCGGCGUGACGCAGUUCUCCCCGACGCAUGCCCGCAAGGCGUUCCCCUGCUUCGACGAGCCGCUCUACAAGGCCACAUUCACGCUGAGCCUGCACCACGCGGAGGCGAUGCUGGCGCUCUCCAACAUGCCGCUCGCCAGCCAGGAGCGGGCGCCCGAGCCCGGCUGGGUGGUGGACCACUUCGAGCGCAGCCCGCCCAUGUCCACCUACUUCUUCGCCUGGGCCCUCUGCGACUUCGAGUACAGAGAGGGCAUCACCCGCAACGGCAUCAAGGUACGACUGUACGCACGUCCGGAAGCCGUGAGACGUGGCUCCGCCGACUCGGCCCUCAACAUCACCCUGCAACUGCUGGACUUCUACCACGACUUCUUCAAUCUCAGCUACUCCCUGCCCAAGCUGGAUCUACUGGCAGUGCCCAAACACCCGUAUGCGGCGAUGGAAAACUGGGGCCUGAAUGUGUUCGUGGAGCAGAAGAUUCUGCUGGAUCCUGGCAUCUCCUCGACCCACUACUGGCUGGAAGCGACGAUGGUCAUUGCUCAUGAAAUCUGCCACCAGUGGUUCGGUGACCUUGUUACACCGAUGUGGUGGGAGGACGUCUGGCUCAAGGAAGGCUUCGCUCACUACUUUGAAUACCUGGGGACGGAUUUCCUCUACCCUCACUGGAACAUGGAGACCCAGCGCUUCCUGAUUGAUGACCUACAUGAUAUCAUGCUGCCUGACGGUCUAUGCAGCUCCCAUCCAAUCUCCCAGGACGUGUCCCAGCCAGAGGACAUCUCAAGGGUCUUUGACUGGAUCGCUUACAAGAAGGGCGCUGCUUUGAUUCGAAUGCUGGCGAACUUCAUGGGAAAAGCUUCCUUUAAAAAAGGAUUACAAGACUACCUGAAGACUUACAUGUUUGGAAAUGCAGGAAGGGAUGAUUUGUGGAACACCCUUUCCAAGGUCUCCCGGCAGAAUGGAGAUACGCACAACAUCCGCGAGGUGAUGGAUAUUUGGACUCUUCAAAUGGGAUACCCGGUGGUCACGAUCAACAGAGAUGCUGGGCCAGAUUGCAAACUCCGGAUCUCGCAAGAGCACUUUCUGUACAGUGCUGAUGUCAACGCUAACUGUCAAAAUGACUCGCUGUGGCAAAUUCUUCUUACCUUAUCAGCAGGAAACACUACAGGACUCUGGAAGCAUGAAAUGAUUUGGAUUACAAACCAGACGGAAUGUGUAACCAUGAAGCAUGUGAUUGGUUCCGACUGGUUGCUGGGGAAUAUAAACCAGACGGGAUACUUCCGUGUCAACUACGACCUUCAGAACUGGGAGCAACUCGUGAAGCAACUCACCACGGACCACAGAGUCAUUUCAGUUGGAAACCGUGCAGGAUUAAUUGACGACUCCUUCAACCUUGCCAGGGCAGGAUACCUUCCCCAGGAGUUGGCGCUGCGCCUGAGUCGUUAUCUGAGGCGUGAGUGGGAUGCCCUGCCCUGGCAGGCUGCCCGCAAUGUUCUGCAGUACCUCGACAAAAUUCUGGACCGCACACCGGGACAUUUGCUGCUCUCCGAAUUUGUCCUGCAGCAAGUCACACCGGUCUACCGCACCGUGGGCUGGCCGGGGAACGACACGGAGGAUGAUUCACCCUACCACAUGCAAGAGCUGCAGCAGCAGGUUAUUGCACUGGCAUGCCAUUACAGCCUCAGAGACUGCCAGGAUCAGGCAAUGUCCCUCCUGUCACACUGGAUGGCUGACGGAGUCAACAGAAUUCCGCCGAACGUGCGCGGCCUGGUUUACUGCGUGGCAGUUUCACUGUCGGGCCAGGAUGCUUGGGACUUCGUGUGGAAAACCUGCCAAGCCACGUCCGCCGUGUCGGAGAGAAAACUGCUGUUGGAGGCCCUCACUUGCAGUCGGGACAACACCACCAUCCAAAGACUGCUGAGCACAUCUCUCCAUCAAGAUCUCAUCGCAGAGCAGGAGGCCGUGGACCUGAUCAUCAACAUUGCCCACAAUCCUGUGGGGCGCUCCUUGGCGUGGGCCUUCCUUCGGGACAAGUGGCCGAUCCUCAACCAAAGGUAUGGCGAAGCACUCUUCAUGACUGCUCGACUUAUCAAUGGCGUAACGAGAUUUCUCAGUUUGGCUGAAGAAUUGGAGGAGCUCCAGCAGUUCACGCAGCAGCAGCAGCAGCAGCAGUCGGCGCAGGGACAACCAAACCCAGCGUUCGGACCGGCCCUGGAGCUGGUGGAGGCCAACCUGCGAUGGAGAGAGGCCAACGAGGACAACCUCACCGCGUGGCUCGAGAAGGAGCUGCAGGCCAGCCAGCAUCAGAACCACCAACUCUUGUAGCCUCCGCCUGUUGAAAUCCAACGAAUACAUAAUAUUGCAGCCGGUGGAAGGGUUUUUUGUUGUUGUUGUUGUUGUUCAAGUGCGUACAGUGCUGUAUUUAUUUUCUACCCCGUCUUCAUUCACGCGGGCGUUGUUGUCUUUGGGUCUGUGUUAUUGUAACGGGAGCCUGGGAGGAGUUGGCCAAAAUAUUCUCGAGAGGCUUCCUCGAGCCUCCCUCUAGUGGAGGCCCUUACCGCAGCCGUGGUCUGAGCAAGCAAUUGCAGGACUCCACUUUUAUCUUCUUGUAACGGUAACUUCCUGGGUUUUAGGUGUUAAGGACGACGCGGCUGUCGGGAUUCGACCUUCCAACGCAGCCUCAGUGUGGGUACUUAAACCAGGGGAAUCUGUUCGGCAAACGGGGUUUCUGACACGCGUCUCUACCCCACGUAAACCAUUGUCCCCGAGCGCUGUGCAAUUUCAAAAUCUCCAGUCAAACGUGUGAAGCACACCAGCGGUUUCUCGCCGUGCUCAAGGCACAGUUGACUUAAUUAUUCACAGCACCGUUCGCGCCUCUUGUGGGAAAUGCAUUCCCACUGUGCACCUAAUAUGUACAUGAUGGUAUAACCAUACGGCUGUAAACGUCUGCGGCCCCACUAGUUUGCUGUUGUGCUGAAAGGCUCUCCGAUGUGUGCUCCGGCUGAACGGGGUGUUGUUUGGCACGGUGUCGUGACGUUUCGCUGCUUAAUGCCGAGCAUUAUUCGACGCGAUUUUCCGACAUUUUCGCACGGACAGCACUUUGAGCAAAACGUCAGACAUGUCACCGUUUCAAAACGCGGCACAACCUGAAAUACGCAAUCGGACAGCUGCGUGGUCUGCAGUGUCGUGAUUGGUGAAUUUAUUGAAACUGAUGGCGAUUGUAUUUAUUCCAACUGAACGUAUGAAUUGUGCACUUCAUUGGCCCUGCAACUUGCCGUUCAGAGUUUUAAAUCCUCACCGUCGCCACGGCUCCAUGGUUUUUGAAACGUGACCUCUGAACCCCCAAGCCCAAAAAUGGGCGAACUCCGUCGCGAGUUCACGCUCGGCGUCCGCUGUUCUAUCGCUCGCGCCGUUCUAAAAAAGACGCCCGCGUGCAUCGCUCGCCACGCGGCAGCGUGCCCAACGCAGAGCGACGGGGGCUGGGACGUGUCGCGUUCACCUUGGCCGUUCGGCGCAGCGUCUCCGACUUGACUUUUCGGUCUGCCCUCUCUCGGGGCUUGGCCCUCCUGUCCGUCUCUUCAUGCACAAAGCAGGCGACGUUACUCGGGGGGGGGGGGGGGGGGGCGGGGGGUGGGCCAGAGCACAAAAGUCCUGGUUCCCUCGAAAGAUUUCUUCCACGUGUCCAAUUAGCAGGAUGAACCCACGAAAAUGCCUAGCGACGGCUGACACGCGGAGGAGGAGGAGGAGGAGGUGGCGGCGGCGGCGGCGGCGGCGGCGGUGGGGAAUGUUAAGGGGUGGAUGAAACAACAACAAGAGCAACAACGAAAGCACAUCUUGGAAGAAGUUUGUACUCUCUAACCUUUUUGAUGUUUUAAUAAUGUGCAGACUGCACCUUGGGUAUUGCGUCCACUCGGGCGCUUGACACUAAAGAGGCGUGAUGUGCCGAAGGUCGCUGCUGCCCUCAUGGCUAAUCCAUCAUUAAUGUCUUUGGUUGCACUCCACCAUCUCGUAACAAAAAAAGAAAAGCUUUUUAUUGCCUUUUAUAAUCGAAACACAAGGGGGUUAUGGUAGGCUCCAAUUCCAAUGGUGUACGUGACUUGCAAUGCAGUCCCCCCCCCCCCCCCACCCACCGCCGCUGCUCCCCAAUUAUCCGAAUUGAUACAAACUGAUCAGUGUUUCAUAAUAGAGGUUUUUUUGUGGUUAGAACGCGUAAAUGUAUACAUGUGUCGUUAAAAUCCGCCACCACCCGACACAGCCAACUAGUAAGGGUUGUCACGUAAACAGAACAUGCUCGUCACUAGUACAGCACACCGGUGUGUUGGAGAGCCAAGCCACAACAUUUACAAUCUGAGCACGACGGGUGGCUGUCCAACAGUGCGUACGGUGCUGGUGUGCUGUACUAGUGACGAACUGGCCAUGUGCUGUUUACGUGACAACCCUUACUAGUUGGCUGCGUCGGGUGGUGGCGGGUUUUAACGACACAUUUAUAUAUUUACGCGAUUUAACCCAAAAAAUAACCUCUCAUGGAUAUAUUGGUGGCGAAAGCUGAAUCUUAGGACGCACACGGACGUGUCUCAGAACGCUCCCAAGGCAUCGUGAUCCGAGGAGUACGUUGAACAAACAAUAAAAUGUCCCAUCGGUUAGGAAUGAGUCUGGUCGAUUUUCCUUGUCUAGGUUUAUUUUAAAUCACAACUGUGAAAAUGGAGUUAAUGUGUUCAGCAGUUUGUACAAUUUGCAGCUGAAAACACACUCAAUUGUUUACGUUUGAGGAUCAAGAACAAGGUUCUUCUGUUCAGCUUUACACACUGUUGGAAACAAGUAUUGUUCGUGAAAACCUAUUGAGAGAGAAAUGGCACGUGCCUGGCACCACGCAUGCUCUCCUUUGUCUCCCAAGUACCACCGUUUACAGGUUGCACCAGGUAGUCAUUCUGAUACUGAAGUUGACCUCGAUGAACCCCAGGACAGGUUCAUUUGCCAUCCAGCACUGGCUUCGAAUCGAGCGCCAGAAUUGUAAAUCAGUGCGCUAACCACUGUACCGCCGCUCCCCACACAA